UUUUCCCUCUCUCCCCAUUUCCUCCCCGCGUUUUCUCUCCCCAUUUCUCUCUUUUUCAUUUCUCCCAAUCCCUUCGGCUAUACAGUUCAAUUUUUCGUAGCAGUUCGAUUCUUCGUAGCACACGCCAACACAGCACCACAGCCACCAGUUCUGUUUACGUUUUAGCUUCUAAUUUUUUUCGUCACGAUAAUUAAUUAUUUGAUUUCACUCAGUGAGGCUUCUUCUUUUUCCCCUUCUUUGUCUAUCAGAGCUUUCCUUGCAUGAUUGCAUCUUUGCGGUCUCUAUUCUCUGAUAUAAUCUCUGCUAAAGGAUUUUUUUCAAAGAGAGAGAAAGUGUGCAUGUUUUAGACAGAGAAUGUGAAGCUCUCGAUUCAGUGCUUUAAUCAGAUCUGACGAUGAUAUAGAGGAAAGUGAAUUCUGAGAGGGAAAGCGAUAGAGUGUGUUUUGCAAGGUUUAAGCUUAAUCGGAAAUCAAGAGAGAGGUUAUGAGCCGGCAGCAUUUCGACCGAGUUUUGAUCUGGUCUUUGAGAGAUGAACGGGGCAGGGAGGCAGGGGCAGAGAUCUGCUGCGGCCGGGGUGCAUCACCAACGCCAGUACUCGGGAAACUUUCUGGAUAAUUCGUCCAAUGAUCGCUGGCUUCAAUCCACUGGUCUUCAGCACCUCCAUUCCUCCAGCUCUUCCAUUCCUCAUCUUCAGGACCACGAGUUCUAUGGUGGUGGUGGCGAUGGUGGUGGAAGAGGAGGAGGAGGGCGGGGUUCGAUGAUGUAUAGGAAUGGGCAAAGUGGAUUAAGUGGAGGAAAUGAGUUUUACUUGGAGCCAUCAACGCCUCCCGGUAACUCUCGAUCGAGGAAGAAUGGUGAAGAUAAUGAGUUCAGUCUGGGACUCUUGGAUCUGCAUUCUUUCAAUACAGAGUUUCUAACCGAGGUGGGCCUCUUGGCAUUUUCAACAAUGACUUAAUUAAUUUUAGAUGCCAUUCCACAAUUACAAAGGCCUCAUCUUCAAUGGCCCUUGUGACGCCCCCAAAUCCCCAUGCACGGACACGGGAAAA